AUGGACUCCUCAGAAAUCUCUCUCCGUCCGUUCAAACUUUCCGACGCCGAUGACUUCCUGACAUGGGGCAGCGAUGAUAGAGUAACACACUAUCUCAGAUGGAACAGCAUUACCUCCAGAGAAGAAGCCUUGAAAUAUCUCACAGAGGUCGCCAUACCUCAUCCAUGGCGUCGGUCCAUAUGCUUGGACCGCCGUUCCAUUGGGUAUGUUUCAAUCAAGCCUGAAUCGGGCAAUGAUCGGCACAGAGCCCACAUUGGAUAUGCCGUGGGAACGGAGUACUGGGGACGAGGGAUUGUCACAAGGGCACUGAAGAUGGCUGUCCGUAAGGUGUUUGAAGAAAUGCCUCACUUGAAGAGGAUAGAAGCUUUGGUGGAAGAAGAAAAUAAAGAGUCUCAGAGGGUGUUAGAGAAAGUUGGUUUUCAGAAGGAAGGUUUUUUGAGGAAGUAUGGAUUGAAUAAAGGUGAGAUUAGAGACAUGUUUAUGUAUAGUUUCUUAUCAACUGACAAAAUUAGUUGA